AUGACAGAUCUACCUGACAAAGGGCCACCUGACCCUUUAUCAGAAGUGGAAUGUGAAGGGCCGAAAGAUAAGGAGACUGAACCCGACCAGAACAAGCAACCAAGCAGUUUGAUCGAGAACAUGGAUGCUUUGUUAACACGCUUACUAGCCGCAUCGCAGGCUCAAGCUUCGCUGCCCGCACCAGCCGCUUUGCCAGUGCAGCUAAUUAAGUUCGACCCCGACGAUUUAGAUGCGGAUAUAGAGGGUUGGUGUAAUGUUACCGAUAUCAUAGUGAGUAGCAGGAACUUACAUGGAGCGGAUCUUUUAGUAGCAUUAACCCAGGCGCUUAAAGGUCGUGCAGCUAGAUACUUAACGAAAGUGCAGUCGUCUAAUAUCACUUGGCCUCAUAUUAGAGAAAUUCUUUUGGCUAGAUUUGGCAAACCUAUGCUCAUCCAGGAUCAUUUUGAUAAUAUACUGAGGUUUCAACUGGGUAACAAGGAAACGGCUAGCGAAGCAGGGAUGCGCCUGUGGCACUUAAUUGAAAGGGUUCCUAAGCUAGAGAUGGCAGAGGACCUUAUGACCGGAUUUGUAGUUUCCGUACUUUGCCAGCGGGGUGCACUAAUACGUAGGGAACUAAAUGCUCACGCAAUCACAACUAGGGCGCAACUGUUUAGGAUUUUGGGGGGUAUCUCGCUCAAAAGACGACACAAGGAUAACGAAGACCGUGAAGGCGACGUCAAACGGUUUCGACGAAUGGCCACCCCGUUCUCUGGAAUCUGUCACUUUUGUGGCAUUCAUGGCCACAAGAUCUCGGAGUGCAGGAAGCGUCAAGCCCAGGAAAAUCCUGUCAGAUCAAAGCAAGGCCAGAAUAAGAAGAUGGUCACCUGCUUUUCGUGCGGCAAACAGGGUCACGUGACCACAACGUGCCCAGACAGGAAGCCAGCAGAGACGUCAUCCUCCCGCAAGGAGGUCAACCUAUGCGAGCGCAAGGAGAUGAGAGGUACCCUAUCGACGUCACGCGUACCAGAUGAUGCGAUGACAGAUGCAGUUUUGAUCGGUCGUGAAAUACUUGAUAUGGGUGUACACGUUGAAUUAAAUUCGGACUCGAUUAAAUUUUCUUUGCGCAAAGAUGUUAACACUUGUCAAGCAGUUUCGGGUAACUUCAAUUAUAACCUAGUUGACACGGAUUUAGAAGGUCCUGAAAAGGAGGCGCUUAUCGCAGUUCUUAAGAAAUAUGAGAGCAUUUUUAUUGAGGGUGUACCAACGCGUCGCGUCACCACCGGUACGUUAAAAAUUGAUUUGAUUGAUCCGCUUAAAACCGUCCAACGCCGCCCGUAUAGGUUAUCUCCGGCUGAGAAGGAGAUUGUUAAAGACAAAGUGCAAACACUGCUUGAUGCUGGCGUAAUUCGCGAGAGCUCGUCCCCGUUCGCGAGCCCUAUACUUCUAGUAAAGAAAAAAGACGGAACCGAUAAGAUGUGCGUCGACUAUAGGGAAUUGAACGCAAACACCAGACCCGAACAUUAUCCACUCCCACGUAUUGACGAGCAAGUCGACAAAUUGAAUGGCGCGCACUAUUUCUCGUGCCUCGACAUGGCCUCCGGCUACCAUUAA